AUGUAUGAUUCAUGGACCAUGCGGAUUUUAAAUCCCAAUUCAUCGUGCAUGAGGGAUGGGGUUUGCACAAAAGGUUUUCCUAAAGAUUUCAAUCUUUAUACUGUUUCAACUUUCAAUGGAUAUCCACACUAUAGACGUUUAGAUAAUGGUAGAGUAGUUGUUAUAAAAGGUAACCAAGUUGAUAAUCGAUGGGUUGUACCCUAUAACCCCUGGUUAUCAAAAAAAUACCAAGCCCACAAUAAUGUUGAGGCUUGCAUGUCCAAUAUGUCAGUUAAGUGUUUAUACAAAUAUAUAUGUAAGGGGCAUGAUUGUGCUAAUGUGGUAAUUAAUGAAAGUGUUCACCAUGAUGAAAUUAACACAUAUUUAGACUGUCGCUUUGUUUCUGCACCAGAGGCUCUUUGGCAAAUAUAUGAGUAUUCCAUAAGUGAUAUGUCACAUACCAUUAUUUGCCUUCAAGUGCACCUUCCUGGUAAUCAGAUAGUAUAUUUUAAAGAAGGAGAAGAAAAAGUAGCUAUUAAUCGUGCAGCACAGCGUGACACUCACCUAACUGCUUGGUUUAAAUUAAAUGCUGAAAAUUUUGAAGCACGUCGCUAUUCUUAUAUUGAAAUUCCAUAUCACUUUGUGUUUGAUGGUAAAAAUUGCAAGUGGAAAGUAAGACAAAGAGGUAGUGAUAUGGUGAUAGUGCGAAUGUAUAAAGUCAAUCUAUCCAGUGAAGUAUUUUUUCUUAGAUUGUUGCUUUUGCAUGUAAAAGGUGCAUUAUCUUACGAGAAUUUGCGCACUCUGAAUGGUGCUGUUUUUAAUACAUUUCGUGAAGCGUGUUAUCAGUUAGGUCUGUUGCAAGAUGACAUUGAAUGGAGAAAUACAUUAACUGAGGCUGUUGCAACUGGAUUUCCUAAACAAAUUAGGCAACUAUUUUCCAUCAUAUUAACAUUAUGUCAACCUGAUGAUCCUUUACACCUAUGGAAUACCUUUAAAGAUUAUAUGGUGGAGGAUUACAUACACCGUUCAAUGCCAGUCCUACUUGCUGAACAAGUAGCACUUUGUCAAAUCGAAUCUAUAAUUAACCAGAGUGGUAAGACUUUAGCUGAUUAUAAUUUGCCUACUUUAGAUCAGUUUUUAGAUUCUAUCCCAGAAAAUGACGAUAAAGAUGUACAGGUAUUUAUUGAUGAAGCAAAUCGAGUUAGACCAUUAUUAAAUGAUAAUCAGCGUAAUGUAGCUGAUGCAAUCCUUGCUGCACUUAAUGAAGAACCUAAUAAUGAAAAUAAGCAUUCAAGAUUGUUUUUUAUGGAUGGGCCUGCUGGUUGUGGUAAAACAUUUACUUACAAUUAUUUAAUCACUGAAACACGCAUCAGACAUAUUAGAACUGCAACAGCUGCAUGGACAGGAAUAGCUGCAACUCUUCUUAAAAAUGAAUGCACACUGCAUGGCUUAUUCAAACUUCCUGUGCCAAUUUUGAAAAAUAGCACAUGUAAUGUAAUUCCAAAUUCUAUUCAUGGUGAAUUCCUUAGACAAGUAAGUUUGUUUUUACUUGAUGAAGCAUCUAUGAUUCCUAAACAUGCUUUAAGUGCCAUUGAUAAGUUAUUACAAGAUAUUUGUAAUAAUAACUUUCCUUUUGGUGGUAAAGUUAUUCUUAUGGGUGGAGACUUUAGACAAAUACUUCCAGUUGUGAAAAGAGGUCGACCAGCUGAAGUUGUAGAAUCGUGUUUUAAAUGUUUUGAACAUUGGCAGUAUGUGCAAAGGUUUUCAUUAACUGAAAAUAUGAGAGUUCAGAUAGGAGAAGAGAAAUUUUCUCAAGUGCUUCUAAAGCUUGGAAGUGGAACUUUACCUGUCAAGCCUAAAGAUCCUUUGCGUGGGUGUAUUGAAAUACCUGAGCAGUGCUUUGUAAAUGAUAAUGAAUCUAUUGUGGAAAAGAUUUUCGGUGGCACAGAGGAAGCUGAUUAUGCUAAUUGUGCUAUUUUAACACCAACAAAUGUUGAUUCAUUAGCAAUAAAUGAAGAAGUCCUUGAUUGUUUACCUGGUGAUACUAAAAUUUACUUAAGUUCAGAUAGCAUUGAAACUGAUGAUCAUAAUGAAAUUUAUAAUUUUCCAGUCGAGUUUUAA